AUGACUUCGGCCUUGAGCAAGCGCCAGCUGGCGCGCAACGAGAAGCUUCUCCAGGACUUGGUACAGAGUGUCCCGGGCAACAACAGAUGCGCCGACUGUCACAUACCCAAUCCAGCCUGGGCUUCGUGGAGCCUCGGCGUCUUCUUGUGCAUGCGCUGCGCAACCAUUCAUCGCAAGCUGGGCACGCACAUUUCCAAAGUCAAGUCGCUGAGCAUGGACAGCUGGUCCAACGAGCAGCUCGACAACAUGCGAAAGGUCGGCAACGUCGUGUCCAACCAAGUCUACAAUCCCGGCAACAGGAAGCCCCCGGUGCCCGUCGAUGCUGACGAGGCCGACUCGGCAAUGGAGAGGUUUAUUCGCCACAAGUAUGUCAACAACGUUCCCAACGACAUCGGAAAGCCCCGAAGCCCACGCUCCGACGAAGGCACGCCGCCGCCCCUGCCGCCCAAGAACUCGACAAAGUUUGGUUUCCGCUCCGCUUCGUCGAUAUUUCCGCUGUCGUCGCGAGCCAAGCGAGAGGCCAAGAUGGCCGCAGUCAUGGGUGCCAGGUCGAGCACUCCGCCAGGCUUGACCAACAAGCCGUCCAAAGUCUUUGGUGCCACGGUCGACUUCGACGGACCCGACGAAGCGGACAAGAAGUUGGCCAGGCUGCGCGACAUGGGCUUCCUCGACGACCAACGGAAUGCCAUUGUGCUCAAAGGGGUGAACGGCAGCGUGGACCGAGCGGUCGAGGCCCUCGUUCGCCUGGGUGAAGGAGGAUUGCCGGGGGCCAUCACAUCGCCUCGAGAGCACGCGCUGCGAACGUCGAAGUCCCUGACACCUCUAAGCAAACCAGCCGGCUCACCUGUCGGGCUGAGCGUCCCGCAGAACGGGGCCCAGGAGCGGCCCACCACGGCCUCGACGUCGUCGUCAAACAACCCGUUUGACAUGAUGGCAAUGGCGCAGCCCCAAACGGCACAGUCCACGGGCAGCCUGCAACACAAGAACCCGUACAAUAGCAGCUGGGCAGAUUUGUCGACGAACCCCUUUGGACGCCCCUCACAUCAACAAACCGAUGCCGUUAGCCAGGCCUUCCAGGGGUUGACGGUUUCCGCACCGCAGCAGAGUCUCUUUCCCCACCGCACAGGCGACUACAUGUCGCCAUCUGCCCCGACGAGCCCUUAUUACCACCAUCAGCCCAUGAACUUUCAGAGUGCCAUGACUUACCCGCAGCCGCAGCCAGCCAGCUACAACAACAACCCCUUCCUCACCCAAUCCUCGAGCCCGGCACAGGCCCUCGGCCCUCAGCAGAACCUAUCAAUCCCCGAGCAGGGGCAGUCGAACUUCGUUACCGCCUCACCUCAGCCUCUGCCGACAAACUCCAACCCAUUCUUUGUCAAUUCACUGCAGAUUCCGCCCCAGCAAAUGAGCCAGCAAUCCGCUGGGCAAGCGGCCUGGGAUCCGCAGUCGGCGUUCAACCAACAACAGCCGCAAUACCAACCACAGCGGCAGGACAAGGCGUCGAUCAUGGCGUUGUACAACCGGCCCUAUCAAGCUCCCCAACAGCCAAUGGCGCCAGGAUCGAGCUUGCUGGAGCAGACUCCGUCGGCUUCCGAGAAUCAGGCCGCAUACAGCGCGCUGCCUGCUCGUCCACAAGCCGCCUCGACGACCGGACAGCCUCGUUCCGUUUCACAGCCGCUCCCCGGGAGCACGAAUCCAUUUUUGACGAGCGGGGCGACGGCGGCGACUUCGGGACCCUUGUCCUCGAGCAGGCACAUCAACCGGGAUAGCAUGAACUUGGACAUGGCGUGGACCAACGGGCGGCACAGUCCGGACGCGUUUGCAAGCCUCAGCGCGAGGCAUGUGUGA